AUGGAGCUGAGAGCGCCCGCUCCCGUCUCGUCUGCUGUGGUGUCGGGUCGGCGCGGCUCGUGCUCGGUCAGGCUGGAGCGCCUGCUGGUGGACGCGGAGCGGCGCACCUGCCGGGUCGGGCGCCGCACAUACAAGCUGCACGCCACCGAGCCCGCACCCACACCCCAUGUCACCGCCACCAUCUAUCAAUGUCACCAUUGCGGCAAACGGUUCAGGAACAAGUCGGUUUUGGAGAAACACAUAAUCACUCACUUGUCGCGUAAUUCCACCCGAGAGAAAAUUGCUUUGGAUCGUCAACAAAUGUCACAAAGGAAUAGAAAACCUAAUGACAAAGCCUUUAAUUGUGAUUACAAGUCCAAUCAAAAAUUACACCCAGGGAAUCACAAGAAGACACGCACUGGUGAAAAGGCAUUUAAAUGUAACUACUGUGACUACAAGUGCAACACAAAAAAUAUGUUACGGAAUCAUAUGAUGACUCACACUGGUGAAAAGCCAUUUAAAUGUAGCUACUGCGAUUACCGGUGCAAUUUAAAAGGUAGUUUGCGGAGGCACCUAUUAACUCAUACUGAUGAAAAACCUUUUAAUUGUAAGCACUGUGACUACAAGUGCAUUUCGAAAUAUUUGUUACGGAAUCAUAUGAUGACUCACACUGGUGAAAAGCCAUUUAAAUGUAAGUACUGUGACUACAAGUGCAUUUUGAAAAAUAAUUUACAGAGUCAUUUGAUGACUCACACUGGUGAAAAGCCAUUUAAAUGUAGCUACUGCGAUUACCGGUGCAAUGCAAAAGGUAAUUUGCAGACGCACCUAUUAACUCAUACUGAUGAAAAACCUUUUAAUUGUAAGCACUGUGACUACAAGUGCAUUACGAAAUAUAUGUUACAGUAUCAUCUGAUUAACCACACUGGUGAAAAGCCAUUUCUUUGUAACUACUGUGACUACAAGUGCAUUACGAAGUAUAUGUUACAGAAUCAUAUGAUGACUCACACUGGUGAAAAGCCAUUUAAAUGUAGCUACUGCGACUAUAAGUGCAUUACGAAAAGUAUGUUACAGAAUCAUAUGAUGACUCACACUGGAGAAAAGCCAUUUAAAUGUAACUACUGUGACUACAAGUGCAUGAGGAAAAAUAUGUUACAGAAUCAUAUCAUGACUCACACUGGCGAAAAGCUAUUUAAAUGUAGCUACUGCGAUUACCGGUGCAAUUCAAAACGUAGUUUGCAGAGGCACCUAUUAACUCAUACGGGUGAAAAGCCAUUUCAAUGUAACUACUGUGACUACAAGUGCAUUUCGAAAUAUACGUUACAGAAUCAUAUGAUAACUCACACUAGUGAAAAGCCAUUUAAAUGUAGCUACUGCGAUCACCGGUGCAAUUUAAAAGGUAAUUUGCAGAGACACCUAUUAACUCAUACUGAUGAAAAACCUUUUAAUUGUAAGCACUGUGACUACAAGUGUAUUACAAAAAGUAUGUUACAGAGUCAUAUGAUGACUCACACUGGUGAAAAGCCAUUUAAAUGUAGCUACUGCGAUUACCGGUGCAAUUUAAAAGGUAAUUUGCAGAGGCACCUAUUAACUCAUACUGAUGAAAAACCUGUUAAUUGUAAGCACUGUCACUACAAGUGCAUUACGAAAAGUAUGUUACGGAGGCAUAUGAUGACUCACACUGGUGAAAAGCCAUUUAAAUGUAACUACUGCGAUUACCGGAGCAAUUCAAAACGUAACUUGCAGAGGCACCUAUUAACACAUACUGAUGAAAAGCGGCGCCCGCUUCGUUCCAGCUAAUGAAUAUUGUA